UUACAGACUGCUCCUGUUCAGCCACGUAUGCCCCAGUCAAUUGGAAAUUUAAGAUCAAUGAUGCAAGGUAUUCAUUUACAAAAUAAUCGCAUUCCCUAUACUGGUCUCCACUACCAACCACAACAUCACCCGCAUCAUCAACAACCACCUCCGCCAAUACCCACUGCCGUUGGCAUGUCGGCAACAGCAGGUUCCUAUAAUGGUUUACCCGGUGUUUUGCCUUCAACAGUGUCACAUUUUAAUAAUUUCAAUCCUCGCUAUCAAAGACCACCUCCACCCACACAAUUAAGUGCCAUCAAUAUGCCACAACCACAAAUGCCACUCUCACCACCCAGACGCACUACGCCAGCUACUUUUAAAUCCAAUACUCUGACCGUAGGUCAAGUAUACGAUGUAAGUGUGAGUUUUGUAGAGAAUGGUCCAUUUUUAUUUUCCGUCCAGCUGGUAUCCCAUCAAGAUGACCUAACCGAUAUGAUGAAUCAAAUUGAAAAGGUGCAUUUGAAACAAUUUAGUGAGAAACCUUUAUUGGGAACAGCUUGUAUAGCACGUUAUAGCGAAGAUGGUCAACUCUACAGAGCUCUUAUAACCGGUGUACAACCUACAGCUUGUAAAGUGGCCUACAUAGAUUAUGGCAAUGCUGAGUUGGUACAUUUUAGAGAUUUAUAUGAAAUACCAGAUGAAUUUCUUAAAUUUAAAGCCUUUGCCUUACGUUUCACUUUAUCCGGUCACAAGGAAUUGGAACCUAUUGAUGAUAGUUUAAAAAAAGCUUUCAAGGACUUGGUUAUUUAUAAGAAUUGUAAACUAAAAGUUAUGCCCUUAGAGGGUCCGCCACUGGUUCAAUACUGUGAAUUGUAUCUGCAGGAAAAGAAUAUUUUGCAUGUUUUAAAACAAAUACAGAAAACACGUUUGGUUUAUGCUAAAAAUGAACCUUUACGUAACAACGAUAUAGUAGAGAUACGUUAUAUUGAUUCACCUAAAAAUUUCUAUGUACAAAAGGUUGACAAUAUACCAGCCUUCGAGAAGCUAAUGGACGAUAUGUUUUUGUAUUAUAACAAAAAUCAAAAUGUACCCAAUCACUUGGCUUUGGGUGCACCUUGUAUCGUUAAAUACGAUAAUGAGUGGUAUAGAGCAGAGGUUAUGCGUGCCGAUUCCACAGCCAUUAUAGUCAGACAUGUAGAUUUUGGCUAUGAACAAAAGGUAACGAAAAAUCUACUCAGUACCAUAGCAGAAAAACAUUUAAAAUUACCACGUCAAGCGGUGCAAUGCUGCCUAAAAGGUUUCGAAAACAAUGAAUUGAGUAAAGAUUUGGCUACCACACAAUUUGAAAUGUUGGCCGAGGAGUCGAAUCGUCAAAGAAGAUCCUUUACCGUCAAAGUAUUUCGCAUACAGCCCGAUGGUGUUAAUCUAGUAAAUCUAUGUACCAAAGAUCUCAAUGUUAUGAAGAAAUUAUACAAAUUAUCAAUGCCAUUCGAACAAUAUUUAACACUGGAAAAGGAAGACUUUAAUUUACAUGCGGGUGGUCAUCAUGGCCAGAACGGUCAUCACAAAACACAUUCAGAAAAUGGCAAUAAAACACCUUCUAUAGCCUCUUCCACGGAUGUGGCCUCCAUGCAUUCAAGUAAAAAAGGUCAUAUACUUAAUUCAACCACAUUGCAAAGUGAAGAACAACGUUUACAACAGAAACAGCAACAGUUGCAACAACAACAGCAGCAGACACAGCAAAGGCAAUAUAAUCGCAAUAACAAUGUUAAUAAUCAAAGUUAUGCUACUUCGGUAACCACCACUGAAUGGGACAAACAAAGCUCAAAUAGUUCCUUGACUACUGAGAAUAGAGAUUCACGUUCUAGUUCAAGUGAAUUUAAACAGCAGCAGGGACAACGCAGACAAAACUAUUAUAAAAAUUAUCCCUCAAAUAGACAGCAACAACAACAACAGCAUCAGCAAUACAUAACAAGUUCCAACAAUUCAGUAGCGAGCGAUAAACGCAGUACAACCAGCAGUUAUAAUAAUCAAAGACCUUCAUCGCUUAGUAACUCUAAUACACCACCCAGAUUCCAAAAACAACAACAACAACAAAAUAAACAAAAUUAUCAACAACAACAACAGAAUUCUCCACGCCAACAUAGACAACAGCAGCAGCAACAACAACAGCAGCAGCGUCCACAAAAUGCUCCACAGGGUUUUUCACAACAACCCAAACACAAAGAUAAUCAGUUAAAUAAUAGCAACAAGUCUUCCUCCUCAGGUAAUACUGAAACUUCCAAAAAAUCACAAGAACAAUGUAACAAAAACAACAUGGAUAAUGCUUCAGCAACUAGUACUCAACAGCAGCAACAGCAACAGGCCAAAGAUAAAACCACAACCUAUACAUUUGUACCACUCAACAAAGCUUUCCCAGUCAAAGCCAUUGAGACACCUUGUCGUGAGGAAGUUAUUAUUUCCUGGUGGAUAUCUCCACAUCAAUUUUAUACUCAAUUAAAAUCACGUUCCGCAGAAUUUGAACGUUUCAUGAAAGAUAUACAACAAUUCUAUCAUAAAUUACCGCUACAACAGCUGCAAUUGAAGGUGGGUUCGUAUGUAAUGGCACGUCAACGUAAAGACAACAUUAUCUAUCGUGCCCGCAUUAUGGCCUGUAAUCAAAUGUUACGCAAAUAUAAAGUACAUUUUGUAGAUUUUGGUAAUCAGUAUACGGUAACUUCAGAGGAUAUUUGGCAAGUUGAAAAACGUUUUGCCGAUUUUCCCAUUAUGGCCUAUUUGUGUGGUUUCGAUGGCAUUGUCUCCAACUAUGAUCAUCUUUAUAUUAUAGAUCGUAUGGAUAAGUAUUUGCCACAGGGUGUAACCUUACAAUGUGAAUACAUUGAAAAGAAUAAUCAUGAACUAUAUUAUGUCAAUGUAAAGGUGAAUAAGAUAUCGCUAAAACAAACUCUUUGUACUGAAGGUUUAAUUACUGAAAUAUGUCCGGAACUUCGCUUGGAUUUACUGGCCGGUCAACAAAUACGUGCCAAAAUAUCUUCCAUUAAUAAUAUGUUAAAUUUCAAAAUUCAAUUACCUUUCUAUGGCUGUAAAAAUAUCACUAACAUUGAAAUGUUAUGUUCUUACGAUGAUGUACGUUUUGUUAAAUCUAAUCAGGAUAUAGCGCGCAAGUUUAAACAAUUCUAUGAUGGCAAAUCAUGUGUUCUCAAUAUCAAGGAUGUUAAUGAUAAUAAAGUUCUUUUAUUGCGUCCUCUAAUGCCGUUGCUUAAAGAAGAUAUACCCUGGUACAUCUGUACGCCACCUAUUCUAUUGGAAAGUUUUAAUGUACGCAUUGUAUAUGUACCAUCACCUUAUCGUUUGUAUGGACAAAUUGUGGCCACUGAAAUGGAAAUGGCACAACUAUUAGAUGACAUGUUUAAUUACUAUGAAAAUGAAGGUACUCUGCUUGAAACAUUCGAUUUGGAGCAAAUAUGUGCCGCUAAAGGCAGUGAUGGCAAUUGGUAUCGAGCACGCAUACAAAGUAAUCAAAAUGCCCAGGGUGCUUUUGAAGUUUACUAUAUAGAUUAUGGCAAUACAGAACCGGUAGAGAAGCAGCUUUUAAAGAAAUUAGAAGAAAAAUUCUAUUUAAAUAAGAGUGCUUAUGCUGUGGAAAUAAAUCUGCCGCUAAAAACAUUGGCAGCCGAUAUGCAACAGAAACAAAAGGGCAAAAAAGCUGCAGGAUCAACUGCAUCCAAUGAAACCGAUAUAGCUGUCAUUAAAUCAUUGACCAGCUUAACUUUGGAUAAGAUAAUCACUGUUAAGUGUCUGGAAGUUAAGAAUAAUCAUUUAAUAGCCGAUCUCUUAAUGCCGGAUGGUAAAAAUAUGAUUGAUUUGCUUAAGGAACAAAAACUUAUUAAAUCGCGAGAUUUGGAAUUUAUGCGCAAAUUAUUGGAGAAAGAAAAACCCAAUGUUUUGGAAUAUAUAGAAUGUGUUGAUUUAACCUUGGAAGAUGAGGAUGAGGGUGGCGAUGAGAAAGCAAAAACAGGCAAUAGAAGUAAACCAUCAACGCCCAAGAAAAAGAAAACCAAUAACAAAGAAGUUGAAGCAGAGAAAAAGACUGCGGUCGCCAGUCAAGAAGAAAAGAAAUUGAUUAAGCCCGAGGAAACACAAGAAAAACCUAAAGCGGCAGAAGUUAAAGCCGCCGAAAUUGUGACAGAGAAACCCAAAGAAACAGCUAAAGUUGAGGAAACCAAAGCCAAAAUACAAGAAGUUGUUGUUGAACCAAUGCCAGAGCCUGUGGCAGAACCUGAACCAGAACCUGUUGUUAAUCCUUAUGCUGAUAUGGAACAUGCUAUAUUAGCUCAUUGCGAUAACCCGGCUCAAUUCUUUAUACAUCCCAUGGACAAGGUUAAAGAUCUACAGCGUUUGCAAGAGAACAUACAAAUUGUGGCCAGUUCUUUGCCACCUUUAAUGCGCAUUAUCAACGGUGCCUACUGUAUAUCCAUGUACUCGGUGGACAAACAAUGGUAUCGUGCUAAAAUCUUAGAUGCCGAAUUAAUGGUUUUACAAUUUAUCGAUUUUGGCAACACUGAUUGUGUAAACGAUACUACAGAUUUGAAAGAAAUGAUUGUUUUCCCUGAUGUUGAACCUUUAUGUAUACCCUGCGCUCUACCCAUACGUCCCAAUGGUACUAUCGACUGGCAGGAUGCGGCCAAUGCUAUAUUCAACGAUUCCUAUAAUAAGGUUUUGGACUAUGAGUUCAUAACCCAGGGGGAACAAUUCAAAAAGAGUUAUGUUAAUCUGUACAUAGAGGGUGUUAAUGUUAUGGAGAAAUUAAUAAAGGAUGGCUAUGCCAAACCUUUGGAAAUAGUAGAUUCAGGAGAGAAUUGUUUUAUAUCACAUGUAAAUGGUAUUUCAGACUUCUAUAUACAAUAUGAAAAAGAUUCUAAAGGCUUGGAACUAAUCGAAAUCUAUUUAGCCGACUAUGAGAAACUUAAGAAAUUGGAAAAAUUUGAAAAACACAAAAUUGUGGCCGCCCUAUUUCCCGACGAUGAAAUGUGGUACAGAGCCAAGUUGUUGAAACAAGUUGGCGAGGUUGGUUAUGAGGUUUUGUUUAUAGACUAUGGUAACACCAGCAUUAGUCCAGAGUGUCGUGAGAUUUCUCAAGAAAUCGCCGAAUUGCCUCCACUCUCAAAGAAAUGUGCUUUAGAGGUGCCUGCCAGCUGCACCGGCUGGUCUGAUGCAGCUGAACAGAAAUUUAUGGAAAUUGCUGAUACUGGUGAGACUAUAUUCAGUGUAGAAUUACGUGAGCCAUCGCAACAUCAUGCCGUUGUCCAUCUACUAAUUGAUGGUCAUAAUAUCAAUGAUGAUCUUGAGGAGUUGUGCGAAAAGAAACCUCUACCCGAACCCUGUAACGAAAUGAAUACCAGUUUUAACAACUCGACUCUGCACACCUCUGUUUAUGAGACCGGCACUCUAUACGAAGCGGUUAUAUCACAUGUCAAUUCUCCUUGUGAUUUUUAUAUACAAUUUACCAAGGAUACUAUACGUCUAGAAGAUAUGACACAAUCUCUUAAUACUUUGGCCAUGGAGAAGAUAGAGAAUCCUUGCAAAUUGCAGUUGUGUGCUGCCCUCUAUCCAGAAGAUUCCAAACUAUACAGAGCUAAAAUAUUGGAAAUAUUAGACAAUAAUGAAUACCGAGUUCUUUUUGUAGACUUUGGCAAUGAAGCUGUUACCACAGAACUUAAGACUUUACCCCAAGAUCUAGUAGAACUAAAGGAAUUCUCUAAGAAAUGCCAAUUGGAAAAUGCCCUUAAAUAUUCUCAAUUUGGUCCAAUUGCCACAGAGUCUUUCAAUACCUUGAUAGAUCAAUGUGAGGGACUAGUCAAAAUCGAUAUUAUUAAUGAAGGCACUGACAAGCAGCCGGCCAUAGUGAAAGCAUUUGCCAUGAACACGGAAGAAAAUCUCUGUGAAAGUCUUAAUAAACUUUUAGGCAUGGAUCAUAAAACCCAAACGGUGACAAUAGCCCCACAAGUUAACAGUGGCAUAUUGCCCGAAGAGGACUUGGAAAAGGCAGCCAAAACUUGUGUCAUUUCUCAUGCCAUUUCACCCUCACAAUUCUACAUACAAUUGAAAUCUAAUUCGGCCAAAAUGGAAAUGGUAAAGAAGGCACUACUCAAUUUGCCAGCAGUCAAUGAAAACCAAGAGAAACUGCAACAAACCGAAGUGGGAAGAGUGUGUUGUGCAUAUUCAGCUGAAGAUGACUGUUACUAUAGAGGACGUAUAGAAGGUGUGUUGGCGGGUGAGAAAGGCUAUGAAAUAUUCUUAUUAGAUUAUGGUAAUACCAUAAUAACCCAAGAAAUACGUGAGUUACCCGAAGAACUAAGAUCAAUACCAGCCAUAGCUCUAAAAUGUCGUCUAAAUUCUAUACCUAACGGCGUGAGUGACUCAAUAUUAGAAGAGCGUUUUGCUGCUUUAUUGGAAACACAUUUCGGUGAAAUUUACGAAAUAGAACAGGAUGAUGUGGAUGAGGAAACACGUGUACACACCGUUAAGCUGCAAGUCAAUUACAAGGACUUGGCCGAGGAACUAGAAAAAGCCGUGGAAUCUAAUACUGCUGUAGAAGAAGUAUUCUCUCCUUUACCUACUCUUUAUGAUUGUAGUAUCAUACAUGUAAAUUCUCCCACCUCUUUCUAUGUACAAUUAACCAAAGACGUUUCUCAACUAGAACACAUCACCGAUGUUUUACUAGAUGCAGAAACAGAAUUUCCUGUAUUCACUGACUUACAAGUGGGUGCCAUAUGUGCUGCCCAAUUUCCCGAAGAUCUCGCCUAUUAUCGUGCCGAAAUUGUAGCCCUGCUAGAGGAUAACAAAUGUGAAGUUCAUUACAUAGACUUUGGCAAUAACUCAAUAACCGAUAAAUUCUAUAAACUACCUGAAGAUCUACUUAAAACCGAAAGAUAUAGUAAACAAUGUUCCUUGGACUCUACAUGUCCACUGACACCCGAAGUUAUGCAACAUUUUUCACAAUUUGUUGAUACACGUUUCUCCGAGACAUUCCAAUUAGAAUUUCUAAAAACAUCCGAUACUUUAAACAUUGUAAGAGUAUUCUAUCAGGAAAAGAAUAUCAUACAGGAAAUCUUACAAAUCAUUAAAAACGGUGGAGUUGAUGGAGCAUUAAUGAAUGGUAAUGCAGCUAUGGAUGAUGAUAGUGAAGAAAUAGUUGAACAAACUAGCAGUGGCAUUGGUAGUUUAAAUACUAACGAAGCUCAAACAAAUCAAGAGCAGUAAUAGAGAAGAAAACAACCAAAAACAUUGAAGACCAGUAAAAAAUACUUAUUAAAACAAUCUUCUAAAGACAUUUAUAUUUAAUAACAAACAAAAAUAUGAAGAUGAUGACAAACAAUUCCUUUAACACAAAAAGGUAUUAAAAUAAACAAAAAGCGAUGUGGUAGCUGUUAAACAACUAAAACAAAAUAUGUAUAUGUAUGUAAAUGUUUAAAACAAAUGUACUAAAAUUUAUUUGAAAGAAUUCUUAAGAAUUUUUCAAAAAAAAAAAAACUCAUUAAUGAAUUGUGAUUGAAGCUUUGAAAACAAUUGAAUCAAAUGCUUCCAGAAAAUGAAGAAUAUCAUGAGAAAAAUAGAACAAACUAAACUAUUUUAGUUUAAAGAAUGAAAUAAAUAUAAAUGAACAAUGCAGCUGCUGUUCCAACGAUAAAAAAGAAAAAUUAUUUAAAACAUUUAAAAUGUUAAAAAUAUUAAACAAACACUUGUUUAACAUUGUUAAAGACGAAUACGAUUGUAAGAGAAUUCUCUCAAAUAAGAGGACAAGAGUAAUAACUGAAGAAAAUGUCGCAGAAUAAACAUAAUCAUUAAUCAAAUAAUUUAAAAGUAUUUGAUAAAAUUAUCUCACAAUUAUGAACAAUUAAUUGAAAGACAUUUAUAGGACCAUAUAUUAUUACACUUCUACAAAAGGUAUGUACUAAUUAUUAAGUUUUAUUUUAAUAUUAUUUAAUACUGUGUGUGGAAUAUCUUGUAAGUGAAGUCAAUUUUUAAUGAAAAACUACUAAGGAAUUUUAGCCGGACAUGCUAACCCUACACAAGUUAGGUAUAUGUUUAAUAGGUAAAAAAGUUCUAGUUUAGUUCUAGUUCAGUUGUAGAUCAUUUGUAUACCAG